AUGUUCGUCAUCUUCUCCGCUAAUGCCGAGGCCAACCCGAUGCCAGAAGAAGAGUUGAAGAUUUUGGAUGAUGACGAGAUGGUGGACUUGAUGGUGUCAAAGAGAGAAGAUUUGGCAGUCUUCUUGACUUCUUUGGCUGCAUCAGUCGUCGGUGGAAAGUAUUUUGUUGGAACCUCGAAGAUCAUUGUUGGUGGCCUGUCGAUGUCGACUGGAUCAAUUUGUGACUUCUCUGUUCUCGAGCUCCCAUUUUGUACACCUGCUUCCUGGACAAUUAACGAGGAGGGUCCCGGGGGCGUUGUCGUUCGGAAUUUUAUGAGUGUGGGUGUAUAUUCAACAAAAACUUCUCCGAAACCAUUAAAAUGA